AUGACUUUGUCUUCCGAUGACAAUUUUAAUCUACCUCAUUUUCCGGGCUCUGCAAGUCUUUUAAACGACCUCGGGAGUAAGCCGUUUACUUAUUUCGAAACGAUUCUUUUAGAGGAAGUCCUCGUAAAACUUCGAGGUCAUAAAUGCUACAUCGGAUACCUUCGUGCCGUUGAUCAAUUCGGUUUUUCGAUUUCUUCUCAUCUCUUACAUAGGCAGGCAAUAUAAUUUUGCAUGAUGCCCUGGAGCGUAUCUUUGUGGGAGACAAGUAUGCCGACAUAAAGCAAGGUAUUCUACUAGUUCGUGGAGAAAACAUCGCACUUAUUGGGGAGCAGGUAACUCCUACUUGAUCUGGAAGAUAACCAUUUUUGGAAAUGAAUCAGACCCUGGCAUCUACCUGUCAGUUUAAAACAGACGGCUAGUUUGUCGGAUCUCUUUUACCGUUAAGACGUUGUUCGCUCGAACUGUGACUCGAACCCUCAGUUCUACAGUGUCUGGUCAUUGUAUAGGAUACUUGAUGAGUACGGGUCGGUCAUGUCUGAUCUAGCCGGCCUCGAUGAUAUCACGGACUGUACUUCUCCACGCUUGGCGAUUCACAGCAGAUCUGGACAGCUCAACCUAUUCUCUUCACCAGCGACGGAGAUCAAAUACCGAAGGUCCGAGAACUAAUUCCAUGUCGUGAAGGCUGUGUCGAGCUAGGUUUUAAGUUGACCGCCUAAGUGGGUAUCGGUACCGCGUCGAGGGCAGAAACAUGAGCUCGUGAGGUGGACGACCAAGAUCGUGCCCAAACCACCCCAGUCGUCUUUUUUGAAUUCCUGAUAUAUCCUUGCGAUAUUGUCACAGCUAGUGCCGGCUGCCUCAUUUGAUACGAACUCGGUGUACUUCACUCGGAGGAUGGUCCUCAAACAGUGGUGGUCAAAUACCUUGCAGUUUUCUCUCCCCUUUUACGCGCACAGCCCAGCGUUCACAAUCGUACAGAAGGACUGGCUGGACGGAUGCACGGUACACACGGAUCUUCCUACCGAUGGAGCUGUCGCGUGGGGUUUGUAGACGUUUUCGAAAGCUCGAGAAAACCAGGCGAGCAGCAUCAUUUCAGAAGACAAUGUCGUCGUCCUUACUCUGCCCAUUCGGCAGCAACCACACCCCGAGGAAUUUGAAACUGUCUAUAUCUUCAAGUUGACAGCCACCAAUUUCUAGAGGUGCUUUCGUCUGGUCAGAGGUGCGGUUUGAAAGCACUUCGGUCUUCCCAUCGUUUAUGGACAAGCUGACGGACUUAACGACUUCAUUCACCUGGGACACCAUGUACUGUUGCUAAAGCUUGAAGGUAUUAAAGCGACGCAAUCGGCGUAGCAGAGAUUAGUCGGCCGGCGGCCGGGUGAAAACUCGACAUCGUCAACUUCAUGUAGGGCGUUCCCGAGAAUCCAAUCAACGGGGUAGUUGAACAGGAGCGGCAAAAUACAACCUUACUGAACGCCAGACCGAACAUCGAGCGUUUGAGAUUGUUGUGGACUAGAACUCCGGCUGUGGUUGAGCGAUAGUAGGCCUUUAUCAUAGUUGUGAUUUUGGCCGACACACCAUCCAGCUCCAUUAUUUGUCAGAGUCUAACGAUGAACGGGAUCGAACGCAGCGGUGAAGUAAACACGGCAGAUGGCCGCCUGCUGUUUGUAGCUAUGAUGGAAUUCGAUAAUGCUCCUCGAUGUAAAUAUCUGGUCGGCGCAUUUACGCCCAGCUGGGAAUCCGGCAUGGUUAGGUCUCCUUCUAGAGUCACGUACAGUCCUGAAUCGGUUAAGAAAGAUAACGUCGAAGACCUCCACAGCAACGUCGAUGAGGCUUAUGCCGUAGCAGAUUUCAUUUAUUGUCUUAUCACCCGUCUUGAAGACAGGCACAAGGAUUCUCGAGCCCCAGUCAUUAGGAACAACCUCAUCUCUCCGCGUUUGUUCAAUCACUUCAUGGAGCCAGGGCACCAGAAUGUCGAUACAAGGCUUGUAGAUUUUAGCGGCAAUACCGUCUUCUUCGUGCGCCUUGUUGUUGCAUAGCCUUUGUACAUUGCACAAGCGACUUAUUCAGAAGGGGUUCGCAUGACGCUGCAUAGGUUGGAACGGGAUAACACUGCUACAGAGGAGAGCGAGGGUGUGAUGGGUUGCUCGUCAAAGUGGAGAAGGUGCUGAAAGUGCUCACACCAACGAUCGAUCUUGGUCAAGUGGUCAGUAGUAAAGCCGCCCUUGGCAUCGCGAACAGAACCGCUCAGUAUCGAGGGCUUAUCACUAACUUGGCGGAUAAUUUGUUAGACUUCGAGUGUCACCAACGUUUGAGGCCUGUGCCAUGAAAGUGGCUGUUUUAACCCAAUAUUCCUUCCGGUUAUUCCCUGUUGAUUUUACCGUCAUUUUUCGGAGUUGGCGGAAAGAAUCAUCAUUACGGGACCUAGCUCGGGCAGUUUGGGCAGACAACUGCUAGGCCCCUCCGCUGAUCCGGCCAUUACGUCGUCACUGGGUGUAUCGAAGGAUUUCCUCAGCUGCCCCAUAGUCUGAUGACCACUGGCCACUGCCAUCUCCGUCGACUCGGUUCGUAAAACGGGAUCAAAUGUCUCUGCUCAGGGCGUCGCUAGUAUUGGGCUGUCGUAGUUUGGCGACACCAAGGUGUCUUGCACGCGUCGUUUUGGGUGCAAAUGAGAGGUCAACUUUCGGGCUUGUGCAAACAAGACCAUGGCCAGACCCAGGAGCGUUAAUAAUUUCGGCACCGCGCAUCGAUCUGCUAUCGUGAACCCAUCUGCGGAACCUUAAACUGACUAGAAUGUAAUCGAGCCGACCGAUUCUGUGAUCGUCAUUUUAAUUCCAGGUAUCAGCAGAUGUUAGUGGCGAUGCUGAAAACACUUGUCGGUUCUGAUCAGCAGCGUUUAGCAUUCUCUCAUCGUUUCCCGGCGAACCAAAUCCAAAGCGGCCAAUAUGGUGACUGUUUGAAGAGUCGUCAGGUCCAGUUCGGCCAUCCCGUUCCCCGACAACAACCAGCAGAUCAUGACGGGAGAGCCUUUCAACUAACGCUUGGGGCUGCGAGUAAAAUACUUUGUCACGUUGUGCGGCAGUUGAUGUUAGUGCGUGCACGAUGAUGACGGUGAUCUUCGUAAAAUGAUCCUUAAGUCGCACAUAGACCAUCCAGUCAUUGACUGAUUCCCAGGCGAGUAGUGCACGGUUCGUUUGUUGCCAGAGAGCGAUCGCCACCCCGUGUCUACCAGAAAAGUCGCGUGGGCUGCUCUGGUACAGGGUAAAGUGUGAGUUGACUCCCAGGGUAUUUAUUUCCCAAGCACCAGAGUCGGGAAUUCGAACUUCAUACAGGCAGCAGACAUCCACAUUGUCCUGAUGAAACUGCGCCAUCAGACUUUGGGUGCCAGGGUCCAGGAACGUUCGCGCAUUCCGAAGUCCAAUACCUAGGAUCCAUUGUCAAUUGAGUGAUCCAGCUUGCAUACUACUUGUCCGCACUGCUGAACCAAGGUUGUGUAGCCCGUCGGUUCCCGCAGACAUCGUAGCAUGGAUCGUAAUAUUGUAUUCGGACAUAUUUUCAUGAGGUUUCUAAGGGAUUAUGAGUACACACACAUCCUCAACAACCGCUGGGAUUAUUUAUUCGAGGUUGGCUCCUCUAGCGCUUUGGUCCAAGAACCUAAUAACAAGGCAGCGGUGGCAGUCAAACUAACUUACUGGCGGUUCACGUUUGCCAUGUCGCGGUGCCGUCAUCGGGCUUCGUGGCACUUUAUGAGGCUGUCGGCGUGCUGCACCCCAGGCCUCUGCAUCUUGGCAGUGAUCCGAGUCUGUUUAUCUCACAGUCGAAGGCCAUUCCACUAUCCGUCACCUGUGACCGCACUGGGUAGCUAGCUAGGCUGACGGGUAACCAGUCUUUCCCUCUUCCUGGAUUUAAUCUUGAACAGUACCGUUACUUCAUUAGCCAACAUUCUAUUUGGUCUUCCAACCACACACAUCUGAUUUUGGAGCGCACGUUUAUGCAACACAUGUUGGGGAAAAUAUCGUCUAACACCUUAUUUAAGUUUCCUACCCAAGUAUUAUUUUAAGCCAGUCUACCCACGCCACGCAUGCACUUCACAUCAUCGUAUAAUAAAUUCAUUUGAAAUACGCCUAUUUAUCCGAUACGUCGAACUGUGCUGAACCUUAACGCUAAGUUCUUUAAAGCAAUUUGUAAAAGGCUGCUGUAUUAGGAUCAUUGUCUGCUUCGAUGAAAUUGCUCUCUCCCAUCACUGUACCCCCGGUUUUUUGUAUCCACCCAUUAGAAGCCAGAUUUUGACAUUGACUCGAGGUUUACAAGGACUUCAGAAGAGGAAAUAUUCCGAUUACGGGCCGAUCAUCUUGCAGAAGUAAAGCAGGCAUCCAAACGGCGAGCUGAAAUCCUUUCCUCUCGGGGCAUUGCAUGGCUUGAACCUGACUCUAUCCUGGAUGACGUCUGA